AUAUGAAAUGGUAAUAAUGUGUAUUCAGUGGUCCAAAAAGGUUAGUAAAAUGGAUGAAGAAAUAAAGCAACUCAAGUCUGUGCUGAGGUCCCUGGUGGUCUCUAGUCCCAGUCAAGUAGACGUACGGUCGCUGUUGCGUGAUUAUCGAAACAUGGUUGGCAAGCAAAUACCUCUUGCUAAGUAUGGAUACAAAGAUCCCAUCACCUUUCUCAAGGACAAAUUUAGUGACUGUUUCUUGUUUCAGGGUCCGGCUGCAAACCCUGAAUUGACAUUAAUUGUUCCGGAUGCAUUAAAACAUAUUGAUAAAUUUGUACAGAAACAGAAGUCCAACCCAACUGUCAAAUUUAAGGGCAAAAGGAGAAGUGUGCCAGAAUCUAUAGUCAAACCAAUUGAACCAAAUUUAAUAGUCACAAGUUAUCAAUCGAAAAAUAUACAAGCAAAGGAACAAAAUGUGGCACAUAAUCAAACCAAAAAUGUUGAAAUUCAAAAAUAUCAUCCUCCACCAACAUCAAAUGCUCCACAGGCUAAUAAAACUGACGAUGGAAAACAAACACUUGAUAAUGGGAAUUGCUCACAAAGUGCAUUGCAGAACUUUCUCAAAAAGAGAACAGCACUGUACAGCUCUCAUUAUGCGAUCAGUGAGCAGUCUACCAAUGAUAAAGAAUCUCUAAAAGAUGAUGAUGAUUCAGGAAGACAGACAUCAUCAUCUUCAAGUAGCAGUAAGAGAACACAGCUGGACGAAUUGAAGAGGGAAAUCCGAGAUAUAAUACUUAGUCAUCCUGAUGGAGUGUGGUGUACCGACAUCUUAAGACUCUACAGAGAGCGACACGGGCGCGAGCUGAACUUCUCGCGCUUCGGCUUCACGAGCGUGCUGAGCGUGGCGUGCGCGCUGGCCGACGUCAGCGUGUCGCGCCACCCGGGCGGCGACUGGCUGCUGAGCGACGCGCGCGCCCCCCCCGCGCCGCUGCUCGCCACGUGCGUGCCCGCGCCCCGCGCCUCCCGCGCCGCCGCGGCCUGCGCGGUCACCGACCCCGACGACGCGCUGCCCGGCGUCGCCUUCGAGGCGGACGUGUUCCCGGAGGACUGCAUGCACUUCCUGGAGAGCAUCCCGUCGGCGUCGCUGGCGGACGUCGUGCCCGGCACCAUGUUGGAGGUGGCCGUCGCCGAGGUGUACUCGCCCUCGCACUUUUGGCUGCUGCGAUUGGGCGAGCGAUACAACAUCGCCAUGGAGAACGUGAUGGAUGAAAUGAACGAGUAUUACACUCACGGCGAGGGCAAAAAUCGUACGCUGGCACUGGGCGCGGUGCGCGUGGGCCACUACUGCAGCAGCCGCUACGAGAGCGACUGGCAUCGCUCGCUCAUAGUCAAGAUCAUCGACAGCGACACGGUCAAAGUGCGGCACGUGGACUACGGCACGGUGGACAACUGCGACGUGCGCGAGCUGCGCGCGCUGCGGCGCCAGUGGGCCGGGCUCGAGGCGCAGGCGCUCCGGGCGCGCCUGGCCGGGGUGCGGCCCCCCGCCGCCGGCCGGCGCUGGCCGCGCCCCGCCGCGCACCACUUCCUGCGCCUCGUGCGCGACCGCCGCCUCGUGGCCAACGUGGUGGCCGUGGACGAGCGCGACGGCGCGCUCGAGGUGCUGCUCAUCGACACGGCGACGCGCGAGGACCGCUGCGUGAGCGCCGAGCUGGUGCGCGCCGGCCACGCGGACGCGCGCGCCGACUCCGCGCUGGGGACGUCGGAGUGUUACCUGUACCCUCGGUUCGAGGCGUUGGAGGCCGGGGACACGCCCAACUUCGCCGAGAUACACGCCUACCUGCGCGACGGCAUCGCGCUCGAAUUCGUCGACGACUACCGCAGACACGUGCCGCCCUGCCUGCCCGCCCCGCCGCCGCCCGCACCGCGCGCCCCGCCGCCCGCGCCGCCGCCCCCGCCGCCCGCGCCGCGCGCCCCUCCGCCCCGGCCCGCGCGGGGCGCGCCCGCCAGCGCGGUGUCGCUGACGGCGGAGGAGUGUGAGACGUUCGCCCUGCUGAGCAGCGUGAACCCGGGCGCCGCGCAGCAGUACAUGCUGCAGGCGCUGUCGCGCGCGAUGGUGGCGCGCUCCAGUCUCAACCCGCACGCGACGGAGUUCCGCAUGGUGACGACGGAGACGCAGACCGGCGUCUCGGGCUCGAUGGAAGCGAUUAGACCUCCGCCUGGCUUCGAGAAAUAUUAACCUCUCGACUUCUCCUCUAGGUCACGAGGUUCUCCUAAGUUUCGGUUAAAUCUCAUCAGAAAUUCGUGUCUCAUAAGUUGCUUCCAAGAAACGAAAAUUAAUGAAAAAUAGUUGCUAGAAGUUGAGCGAGGUGCCUUUUUAUGGGCAGUGGCAGUGUUCCUUUAAUAAUUCUACCUCAAGUUACUCAGUAUUAAGAUAUUUUGAGUUCUAUUUUUAAAAAUAGAUUUGGGUGAAGAUAUCUCAGCUUGUUUGUCAUAUAAUGUUUGUGAUUGUUAUUGAUUGACUCAGUAGAAUAAUGACCCACGCGUGUGACUUUGGAAGUGAAGCCACAAUGACAUUUCACUGAGACAUUGUUGUGUGUAAAUGAAAUGUUUAGGAUUAUAAGCUCAAAUGGUACUUUUCUUAUUUCCAUUUAAAAUUUAUCUUCAAUAGAUUUCUUUUUAAAUUAUCCAUUGUUUAUAUCUUGUAAAUUUGUUUAAUUUUAAUACAAGGUUACUGGUACAUUUUGAAUGAAUGUAAAAACAUUGUGUACAAAAUUGUUGCAUAUGAUCCAAUAGAAUCGUAUUUAGCUUCAUUUGUUGACAAAUAUUGAUUUAUUUUUUACAUUAAGAAUAACUCAGUGUUGUUUCAAAGUUUAUCAAACUUAAUUUUAAUAAUCUUUGUAAUUAAAUUACAAUAUUUGUGUAAAAUUACUAUUAAUUUGGUGCUCUUAAUAUUUCUUGUGAUAGAUCUGUACGAAUAUGGAUCUAUUGUUAAGCGUAAUGUAUACUGACGAAAACUAAUUGAAGUGAUUCUGUGAUACUAGGAUCAAGUGCUUCUGCGCGAAAUCAUUGUUACAU